AUGCUGCAGCGGUGCAUCCUGAGGACGUACCAUGUGCUUGCUCUGGUGCUGUGUGUGUCAGCCAGGGAGGACUUUGACUGGACCAAGAAUGAGAAAACAUCUUUCUACUACAGCACCUUCCCAACUGGUUUCUCCUGGGGAGCUGGCAGCUCCGCCUAUCAGACUGAAGGAGCGUGGAACAUAGAUGGCAAAGGAAUGAGCAUCUGGGAUGCAUUCACCCGCAAGAAGGGGAAGAUAUUCCUGAAUGACACUGGAGACACAUCGUGUGACGGCUACAACAAAUUCAAGGAUGACAUCACCUUGAUGAAGGACAUGAAGCUGAAUCAUUAUCGUUUCUCCAUCUCCUGGCCAAGGAUUUUACCAAGCGGACUGAAAAGUGAACACAUCAACGAGAAAGGAAUCAAAUACUAUGAAGACCUGAUUAACAUGCUGCUGGACAAUAAGAUCACUCCCAUUGUUAUUUUGUAUCACUGGGAUUUACCACAGCUCUUACAGGAGAAGUAUGGCGGGUGGCAGAACGUCACCAUGGUGAACUACUUCAACGACUUUGCUAACUUAUGCUUUGAAAGAUUUGGACAUAAAGUGAAAUACUGGAUCACGUUCAACAAUCCCUGGUCUAUUGCUGUGGAGGGAUAUGAAACAGGGGAACAUGCACCAGGAAUGAAGCUGAAGGGAACCGGAGCUUACAAAGCUGCCCAUCACAUCAUCAAGGCACAUGCUAAAGUUUGGCACACGUAUGACAUGCAAUGGCGAAGCAAACAAAAAGGCAUGGUUGGUAUCUCGCUAACGGCUGACUGGGGUGAACCAGUGGACAUCACCAACCAGAGGGACAUUGAAGCAGCGGAGAGAUACAUCCAGUUCUACCUGGGAUGGUUCGCUACCCCCAUCUACAAUGGAGACUACCCCCAGGUUAUGAAAGAUUACAUCGGUAGGAAGAGUGGCCAGCAGGGACUGGGAGCUUCACGGCUGCCCGUCUUCUCGCCCCAGGAGAAGAGUUACAUCAAGGGAACCUGCGACUUCCUGGGCCUCGGACAUUUCACAACUCGCUACAUCACCCCGAAGAACUAUCCAUCUGGGCUGGGAGACAGCUACUUUGCAGAUCGUGACCUUGCUGAGCUGGUUGACCCAAAAUGGCCUGAUCCAGGCUCUGAGUGGCUCUAUUCUGUUCCCUGGGGCUUCCGGCGCAUGCUGAACUUUGUCAAGACUCAGUAUGGAAACCCCAUGGUAUACGUGACAGAAAAUGGUGUCUCGGAAAAAAUGGUCUGCACCGACCUCUGUGAUGACUGGAGAAUGCAGUACUUUAAAGACUACAUUAAUGAGAUGCUCAAAGCGGUUAAGGAUGGCGUCAAUGUGAAGGGCUACACAGCUUGGUCUCUCCUGGACAACUUUGAGUGGGAUGAAGGAUUCUCCGAGAGAUUUGGACUCUACUACGUGGACUUCAGCAACAAAAAUAAACCACGCUACCCCAAGGCCUCUGUCCAGUUCUAUAAACGCAUCAUCAGCUCCAAUGGCUUUCCCAAUCAGAGAGAGGUGGAGAGCUGGAAAAGGAAAUCCGUAGAGACUUGUGCUUCCAGUAACCAGCUCCUGGCUGCGGAUCCCUUGAUAGGCCACAUGGAGAUGGUAUCAGAGAUCGUGAUUCCCACUGUGUGCACACUCUGCAUCCUCCUCAGUGCAGUGUUCCUCAUGUUCCUGCUGCGUGGACGCAUCUAAAAGAACACACGCACGCACGCACGCACACACGCACACACACACAUCUGAGAGUGCCUUCAAACCUG